AUGCUCCACUCUGCUGCGGUCGGUCUGCUCUCGUGGGAAUGCUUCAUCAACCUGCCCUUCGACAUCUUUCUCAUCUGCGCCAAAGGCUGGUGGACCCCGCGUAGCUUUGUCAUGAGGGUAUCCUACCUCUGCAGCCGCUACAUCGGCCUUGUGACGGCUGUCCUGAUCCUCAAUCACACCGUGGAGCUCGGCACCAUGAACGUUUGGUGCUCGAGGCCGGCCCAGCUGGUCAUUGGCCUGACUGCGGCCAUGACCAUCAUGAGCUAUACUCUGGUGCUCGGCCGAACACUCAUGUUCUUUUCCACGUCUUCCCGCAUUGAUCGCGGGUUCUUCUCCAUCAGCCAGAUCGUCUUCUACAGCCUCGCGCUAGCUUGUAUCCUGGUCAAGCUGGCCUGGCACCUGCGUCGCGCUAGUGACGGAGCUGGCCGCAGCGGCGUUGGCGACGAGAAAAUCUAUCAAUGGGCACGGAGGAUCUACGAGACGACGCGCUUCGGGCGGGCGCGGCCGCAUCGCGAGGGCCAGGACGGUGGCCGACACCAUUCGCUCGCCCUCUACCUUGUCUUGCAGGGCGCCUACUCGCUCUUUCUCGUCGAGAUCAUCGCAGCCGCCGAGAUCAUCGUCCGCUACCAGAUCUCUGAAAGUCUCAGCAUCGUCAAGACAGACGCGCAGGGGACGUGCCUCCGCCUCAUCUGCGCUCUUUCCGCCAUGAACUUUCGCGACACCUACAAAGCGGCGCGGUCGUUGCAGGAGUCGGUCGCGGUCUCGAAUCGAUCCGACCAUGCGCUUCGGUCGGCCGGCAACGGCGCAACCGCCUCGGCAACCCGCAUCGAAGAACGCGCGUGCCACGACGAAGAUGGCAGGAGGAGCAGCAAAAGGGCGAGCUGGUCAAGCCCGCAUCGCAGCCCCGACUGCAGCUGCAUCAUCGAGAUGGUCGCGACUGGCGACGAGCGCAAGCAUCAAUGCAGCCGAGGGACCGAGGACUCCCACCACGUCGACGCCGUCACAAGUCACAAGCCGGGCGCCGGGACCUGCAUGACUCCACCCUUCGAAAGCCAAGCGACAUCGCCACCGCCCUCGCUCUUCUCCCAGUUGUGCCGUCGAGACUCGGACCUUGCCGAUCCUUGGCUCGGCGGCGCGGGCAACGGCGGCAGUCCCUGGACUGCCGAUCCAGGUAAGGAGGGCUUGGUAUCAUCAUCCCGGCGCGAAACGGCCUCGCGAUGGGACGGAGAGGGCACCGAUGCUCCGCACGCCACGACACUCGAAGCUCGCGCCCAGCGAAACACCUUCGCCGAGGCCCAGGAGGCGGCGGCGCGGCAGAGGAGUGCCAGCGCCACCGAUCAAGGAUGCCUCCAGCGUCGUUGCUCGAGCGACGCUCUGGCUCGACAGCUGGCAAUGGGUCAAGGCAACGACACUUCCCGAGAGCAGCUGGUCCAACGGCCAAUCGGCAGCGCGGAUGAGAGGAGGGCCAAUACCAUCACAUCGAUGCCAUGCCCGUCGCGCGACAGCAGUGGCGGGAGCGACGGAGCGGAUGCGUCAGAUGGGAAAUCGCCAAGCGACAAGCCGGCCGACGCCGAGCUUUGGGGUUACCGGGCGCAGUCGGCGGCGCCCGCCGGCGACUUUGGCCUCAUCGAUGGGACCUACUCGCUGCCGCCACCGCCACGGGCCGCCAGAAGGAAGCCGCAGUCCUAG